AAAUAAACAGGGGCUAUUUGGCUAUUUUGCAAAUAGUUGGAUCGCCAUUUUGCAACAGUUACCGCCACCAGAUCCACCGGCCGGCCUCGCCUUGGUCCGCCGUCGGCUCGCUCAGCCGGGCACCGCCUCGUCGUCUCCGUCUCCACCCACCUCCCCGUGAGCGCCGAGCCCGAGCUAGGCUUCGCGCUCCGUCUCCGCCGCCAAUGCUGGGGGCGGAGCCUUCCGCGGCGGCCGGAGGCGACGAAUGGUGUGCGUGGGUGGGCCGCGCGCUGGUCAGGCGGCGGAAGGAGCACGGCGGGCAGCAGCCGAUACGGAGAGGGGACGGGCCCUCCUCACCUUCCCGCCGCUGCUAUUUUGCUCCUGAGCGGACGGCGGCGUAAGCAUCCCGCUUCACUGGUGCCUGAACUGAUGGCCUUGGAAUGGGGAUCGGAUCUGCUGGGCGCUGCGGUAGUGGACAUGGAGGAGGAAGGAGAGGGCUAGUUGCCGCGGGUCGACCGGCAUCCUUGGUACAGAGCAGUUCACUUGUGAUCGUCUGUUUCAUAUUGUGAAUCAUUUCACAUUGUUGGACGAUAGGAUCAUCGAGGUGGUUGCUUGCAGGCUGUCUGCCAUGGAAUGCCUGGAUGGUCACCGAGUAGAUUGGCACCACCAAAUGGUGAUCGUGCCACGAUUUUUUUUACCGCAUUUUGCAUUUUUUUGGCAUCAUUUUUGCUUUUGAGUGGUACUGGUUUCUUUGUAACUCUUGAGAACUGAAAAAGAUGUACUGGUUUCUUUGUAACAUGACAGGACCAGAGUAAUUUCCCAGUUGUCAACAAAGAGGCAAAAUGUCUUGUUUAAAUGUACAACAGGGAGCGCUGUGCUGUGAGAGCCAACACAGUUUAAGUUGAGAAAACCUCACGAGAAGGAGAACGGCACUAUGGCAGGAAUGAGGAAUUCUGCAAAGAAAAACACAAUACCUACCUUUUCCACAAGAAAACAAGCAAUUUAGAAGCUAUAUCGUGCCUCGAUAAAAUACCAGCCUGAGGAACAUUGCGGUUGCGGUUGUGGUAGUGGUCGCAAACAAGCAAAGAUGUCUUGUCAGUGGUCAUUUAGCGGAGGAAGAUUGGAAUGGUUUAGAGUAAAUCAGCAAUAAAUCACCUAAAUUCAGGUGCAUCCUUAAGUGUGGUUGUAGGAGUUUUGAGUGAGGCAGAGGAGAAGAUCUUAUUUGAGAAGGUGAACGUUACCAUUCCUAGGCUAUCGCUGGCUAUAUAUACGCAGCACACCAGUGUCCUCGCUGUCUCAACCCACCCAUAAUCUCUGUGUUGCUUCUUUACCAGUAGCGAUGGUGAGCUUCAUGGGCCGGAUUUGAAGCUGUUACUCUAUCAUGGUCCCAAGGGAACACGGCAAAGGCAUCCGAGUGCUCUGCUCCUGCAAUACCGAACAUGUCUGUGGAGAAUAAUGGUUCGUCUGAGAUGGGUGCUGGUCAGCCAAUGGCUGUUGGCUGGAAGCUGCUUCCACCUAUUACACCUGGUGGUGCACCAGUUUUUGUGAGGGAAAAGCAGUAUGAUGCUAUCAUUAGGCUGCGUGAACGUCGCCAUCUUGUCAAAGAAGCAAGGAAGAGAAGGGCACUCAGAGUUAAGAAGCACAUUCCAAGAUGUCCUAAAGGCCACUUUGUCAGGACCAAGGGCAACCAGAAAGGUACCAAUGGAGGCAUCAUGGUGCCAUUCCGCGCCGCCCUAAGAGACUGUUGCCUGCCCUUCAUUGUAGCCAAUGGCUACCAGGAAGUGACCACUGUAGGCAGCGAGUUGCAAAGCAGCACCCCUGCAAUAGGCUUCAAUUGGCCCUUCAAUGCAACCAAUGGAGGUGGUGAACAUGUUGGUGAGGUCAUGUAUUUGCCCUUGAUCGCAACCAAUGUAGGCGAUGCAAAUGCUGGUGAGGUCUCCUAUGACAUUGAGGCGCCAAGCAACACCCCAGGAAUUGGCCUUUGUUGGCCCUUCGCCGAAACCAGUGAAUACUAUGAGAACAUCGCUGAGGCCACCUCUGGUAGCACGGUGUCAAUCAGCAACCCCACAGGAGACUUCUAUUGGCCUGUUGUGGCGACCAACGAGGAGGAAAACGUCAGCGAUGUCGCCUACAGCAGCAUCCUGAACCUGGAGUCGCCCAAUCCCACCACGGUCCUCAGGAUCAUGAUGGGGAACGGGUACAACACCGACCAGGUCUCGGAGCAGUUCCAGAACGUGGCGCGCCUCCAGGCUCCUGAAUUCACCACCCUCCUGACUGUGAUGAACAACGCUGGUUAUGAUGAGGCUGCAGACGACGGCCACUAUGACGUGCACAAAGUAAUGACGAAGUUAGAAGGGUGGUAACCAGCAGCAGUAGGUCGCGCUUAGGCCUGCCCCUGCCAUCGUUUUUCAGCUUUAUGUGUACGCUUGCCUAGUUCUCUGGUUGAUGGCUAUCUAUCUGUUCUCUUUUGCUCGUGUCCUGACUCCAGAUUCUCGGAUUGCCUGGUGGUCAGCUCUGAAGGUUCCUGAACCUGUUUGGUUAAUAAGGCUGUGUACUGAGCCUAGCUCCUAGGUUAUGGACUCGGACCUGAGUGUCUAUUUCAGAACUUCUUCUUAUUUACAAUGCUACCUAGUUGCUUGUAAUUUGGUCAAGUUUUCUCUCUGUUUUUGUAUUCUUGAGAUGGUGGUCAAGUUUUCUUAGUAAGGGCCAAUACCGUACUGGAGGUAUGCUUAAACUGAAUGGUUGUA